AUGAAUGAUCCAAACGGCAUGUAUGUAGACCAAGAUGGACUCUAUCACUUGUAUUACCAAUACAAUCCUACCGAUGUUGUAGCAGGAAACGUACAUUGGGGUCACGCUACAAGCCAAGACUUAUAUGAUUGGACCAAUCAACCAAUUGCUAUAUUUCCGGGUGAGCCGGGUGAAGGCAUCUUCAGUGGGUCGGCCGUCAUUGACGUGAACAAUACGUCUGGCUUCUUCCCAAACCAAACAAAUGGUGUAGUAGCCAUUUAUACCCUGAAUACACCAGAAAAACAAGUACAAGAGAUCGCACACUCAUAUGACAAUGGAUUCUCUUUUAUCAAAUAUUCUGGCAAUCCAGUCAUCGACAGCAACAGUACACAGUUCCGCGACCCUAAAGUCAUCUGGCAUACCCCGACAGCACGAUGGGUCAUGGUCGUUGCUUACCCCGUCGACUUCGAAAUUGGCAUCUUCUCUUCUCCCAAUCUGAUAAACUGGACAGCUGAAAGCAAUUUCAGUCAUCAUGGAAUCACCGGGUUACAAUACGAAUGCCCGAAUAUGGUCGAGCUUCCUGUCGUUACUAGUGGUGAGAAUAGCAGCCUGCCAAGCACACUCUGGGUCAUGCAAAUCUCGAUCAAUCCUGGUGCCCCUCUUGGGGGAUCCAUCACUGAGUAUUUUCCCGGCAGUUUCAAUGGCACACAUUUCGAAGCUCUCGACUCGACAACGAAGUUGACCGACUUUGCAAAGGACAACUACGCCGGUCAAUUCUUCUACAAUAUUCCGUCAGACCAAGACCAAGUCAGUAUUAAUUGGGCGAGUAAUUGGCAAUACACCAACAUCGUUCCUACUGGACAGGAAGGCUUCCGGAGUAGUAUGAGUAUACCCCGUGGCCACUACAUCGCCGAUCUCGAGCGCUUUGGCUUAAGCCUGAUAAGCUACCCAUACAAUAUUUCCUCAGUCAUCGAUAGCGAGCUGGCGUCGAACUCUAGCCUCGGCAACGGUACCGUAGUAGUGGACUAUUCGGGGGUAGAGUCCGGUGCUCUGUAUUUCGAGGCCAACGUUACCAACCUCACCGACGCUUCAUCACUUCAAGGAACCUUGAACUUUACAUUCACGUCGUCGGCGACCGGCGAAUUUGUCUCAGGAGGCACAUUCAUCUCCUCUGGCGAUGUCUGGCUCAACCGAGGCCAUAUCGGAGCACUCUCUGAUAACCCAUUCUUCACAGCCAAGUUCUCCCAGACAGGUCUAUACAAUCCGAGUAGCGGCUCGUGGAACAUUUCUGGAAUUAUUGACAGAAGCAUCAUCGAGGUAUUCUUGAACGGAGGCGAACUAGGCGCCACCAGCGUCUUCUUCCCAACGCAGCCUCUUGAUCUCAUGUUUCUGAGAGUGGCCGGGCUAAACGAGAGCGCCAGUGUAAGUGUAGGGGUCUGGAGCUUGAGAUCUACAUGGCUUGGUCAGGCAGAUGCCGGCGGUACCGUACUGGGGAAUGUGACGACUGCGGGCAUUGGUACUAACAGUUCGACCACUUCCACUUCAGCCUCAAUGAAAGCUGCAAGGUUUUUCUAG